AUUAAGUGUUUUGAAACAACAUUUCCUGUGAAAUUACACUAUUUUCAAAUAUUAUUUAGUAGAAUAUUUUUUUGCUAAUUAUGUGGUUACUUAUUACUAUCUUACUUUUUUCAAACAUAAUUAAGUUAUUAAAGGUAUGUCUACUGAACAAAAGUCAAAAUUAUCUCGAACUUAUUUUGCUAAGAUGGCGCCCUCUAGUUCAUGAAGUGUCAACUAUCCGCGUGUCGUCCAUGUUCCGAAUGUGGUGUGACUUAUUUUUGUUUUGUAUUAAUUUUCAAUAUAGUAAUUAUAAAUGUGAAAUGAUGCAAAAUGUGUUAUACAAUAUAGUGUAUAGUCGCUUCGGCUGAAUGGAUCCCUACGUCGGGUGGUAUCAGCCCGAGCAGGAAGGACCCGCGAAGCGCUUAUGGCUUCGUAUCUGGGAAACUCAAAGUGAAACAGACAAAAUGAACCUCAAAAACUUAGAGAACGCUAACCCUAAUGUGAAUAAAGCACCGGACUUUAUACCAUUGAAUGAAGUGAACGGUGAAAGUAGGAAUAAUAACUACUUCAAUCCAACGCGGAGGAAAGCAAACGACAACCGCGCAUCUACGUUUAACCUGAACCAAAACCACGAUGCGCUCAUAGGGGAGUACGGGGGCUGCCCUUGGCGGGUGCCCAAUUACCACUACAAGCCCGGGAUACUCGGGCUGCACGAAGAGAUCGAGCACUUCUACAUGUACAUGUCGCCGACGGAGACGGAGCACCUGGUGCGCUCCACCGUCGUCAACCGCAUCCGCGGCGCCAUCCUGUCGCUGUGGCCGCAGGCGCGCGUCGAGGUGUUCGGCUCCUUCCGCACCGGCCUCUACCUGCCCACCAGCGACAUCGACCUCGUGGUCAUAGGCCAGUGGGAGAAGCUGCCGCUGUGGACGCUGGAGCGCGAGCUGGUGGUGCAGGACAUCGCGGAGAAGGAGAGCAUCAAGGUGCUGGAGAAGGCCACCGUGCCCAUCGUCAAGAUGACCGACAAGUACUCCGACGUUAAGGUUGACAUCUCUUUCAACAUGAGCAGCGGCGUCAAGAGUGCGGAGCUCAUCAAGCAGUUCAAGGACAAGUACCCGGUGCUGUCGCGGCUGGUGAUGGUGCUGAAGCAGUUCCUGCUGCAGCGCGACCUCAACGAGGUGUUCACGGGCGGCAUCUCGUCGUACUCGCUGAUCCUCAUGUGCAUCAGCUUCCUGCAGCUGCACCCGCGGCCCGAGCGCCUGCGCCAGCCGCACAACCUGGGCGUGCUGCUCAUCGAGUUCUUCGAGCUGUACGGCCGCAAGUUCAACUACGUGAAGACGGCCAUCCGCGUGCGCAACGGCGGCUCCUACGUCUCCAAGGACGACCUGCAGAAGGAGAUGAACGACGGUCACCGGCCGUCGCUGCUGUGCAUCGAGGACCCGCUGACGGCCGGCAACGACAUCGGCCGCUCCAGCUACGGCGCCAUACAAGUCAAGCAGGCGUUCGACUACGGCUACAUCAGCCUGCAGCAGGCGGUGGCGCCGCACAACGCGCUGCUGGCGCGGCAUAGCGUGCUGGGGCGCGUGGUGCGCGUCACGGACCACGUGCUGCAGUACCGGCGCUGGGUGCGCGACACCUUCGAGCCCUUCUUCUUCCCGCACCGCCGCGCGCCCUCCAGCCGCUCGCGCUCGCCCACGCCCGAGCGCUCCGACAGCGAGCCCGAGUGGUCGGACAGCGCGCGCACGUCGCCGCCGCCGCUGUCGGCGCUGCAGUGCUCAUCGCCCACGCCGCGCCGCGUGUCCGCGCACCAGAGCCUCAUCAUCCACCACAUCACCAGCAACUCCGACUUCAACAACAUACCCUCAGGUGUGAUGCAGCAGCGCUACGGCGCGCCCAACAGCAACAACAACAACAACAACAACAACAACAACAACGGCGGCGGCGCGAGCGGCGACAAGGGCCGCGCGCCGCGCGCCUUCGCGGCCAAGCAGCGGCGCUACCACGGCUCGCCGCCCGCGCCGCGCCACCGCGCCGACACGCAGCACCGCAAGAAGCGGCGCCAGUUCGCGGCGCCGCGAUGAUGCCGCGCCGCGCGCCGCGCCCACCUCGCCGUGUGAACUGUGUUACAGUGAUUAACUAUCGUGACUGAUAUGCAUUCACGAGUUAAUAUAAAUGUCUGACGGUUUAACUCACGUGUUAGGGAGGUCGCCCAUGGUGACGUUUUGCAGCGAUUCAGUAUCGCGUUUCGCCACUUUUGGCCGUUAGUUGCAUUUGUAACACCACAGUAUUGAUGCAAUAGCAUAGUAUCGGUUCUGCGUCGAUGCAAACGCGCGACUGUAUUGAUUUAACAACCUUUGCUAUAUAGGUGCACCCGAUAUUUACGUUGCCCUCGCUGUGGCUUCCGUAAAAGCAGCAACAAAGGCAACGUGGCCUCCACCGAGUCCAUCUCGCAACUGUAGUGUCCACUCCACAGGCGUCCAGAGGCAGACACUACAUCGCACGAUUGUAUUGAUGCUGUAUCGCGUUGGUACUGAAGCAAAAUCAUUAUUACAUUGGUCAGAAGUACAAGUAAUAGAGUGUUCACUUCCAAUACUUACUUGAAGCAAAUACCUACUUGUCGCUACCCCACUUCGGCUAAUCGAUUGGAGCGAGAGGUCGGACGCCAAAGGGGUCUGAUCCCUCGCUCUCACUCGGCAGGCGAAGUUGGAUGGUGGUAAGUAGGUUUUGCUUCAAGUAAGUAUUACGAAUAAGCAAUCCAGGAAUAUAUUAUAGAUUCAUGGCGAAGGUAUACGACCAGCGACACUAUCGCGACUAAUUGCUGUCUUUUUACGACUAUCGCUAAUGAAUCGCUGCGAAAAGUGACCAUAGGAGACCUCCGUUCGGCAGAGUAUGCCUGACUAGUUUCAAACCCAGUCCAGGGUCCUCUGUCAAUGGGCCUUCGCUGGAGACGUGUGAGUGAGUGACUUUAGAGAUGUUUGUAUGUAUAAUGUACAGUGUUAGUGCUACACACUAUGAACACUUUAAUUAUGGGAUGUGGACAUAUGUAUGUCUCCAGCCUUAGACACUACAGUGUGGUCAAGGACUAUGGUUAGUGUUGUGUAACCAGGGAUUGUGUGCAGGCUUAGUGCCUUCCCCAUACAUGUGAAAUUCCAACCAGAAUGUUCGCCCUUUGUAUAGGCCUAGGCCUAGAUCUAAAGGUUUUGAUUGUGCAGAACUCAUAUUUUGGGUCUCAAGGGUAUAAUCCGUACGAAAUGAGAACUCACUCGCCAUUUUAACUUAUCAAAUGUCAUAUCAAAAAGCACGAUUUUAGUCCUUAUUUUUAAGUGGAAUUGUACUUUUGACAAGACAGUUUACACAUUUAAAAACAUGAGUUCUCAUUUAGUGCGCAUUAUAUCACAUUGAUAUUUCAUUAGUAAGAUACAAUAUGUGGCUUUUGUACACAAUGGCUAAACUAAAUCCAGUUCUAUCCUUUUCCACAGUUAACAUUCUGAAAGAGACAGCAAUACAUUUAGACUUGUCAUUUUAGUUAUUAGCCUUAUGUGUGCACGAGGUCACAUCAUAAAGUUAUGUGGCCGACUUUUGACGCUAACCUUAUUAAAUAAAAAAAACGGUUCUACCCACUAACGUAAAAAUAUAAAAAUAUCUAAACUAAGCGUUGACUUGUGGAGUGCUAGCAUAAAUAAACGUAUUUGCACAUUGUGGGUAUACUGUGACAGUGAGCAAGCAUAAUAAUAUUUGAGAAAAGUGAACUAUUCUUGAGCCAAAUUGGAUAGUCUGAUUACUAAUCAAGUUGCCUAACAACCUAUGGCAGGCUUGCCUUGCAGGAUGAAAUGCAGUACAAGCCAUUUUGUCGAAAGUAAGUUUUCGACUCGUCUUACUAAAAUCGACUCAAGUAAGAGUCAAAAACCGAUUUUCGAUAAAAUGGCUUUCGGCAAAUCAGUUUCGACUCUUAUCUUAGUCAAGUAAGACACGAAAACGAUUUUCGGCGAAAUUGUUUUCGGCUAAAUGAAUUUUCGACUAUAUCUUACUCAAGUAAGUCGAAAAACGAUUUUCGACAAAAUGGCUUUCGGAAAAAUGAGUUUUUGACUAUCUUACUCAAAUAAAAGUCGAAAACCGAUUUAAGACAAAAUAAAAUAGCUUUUACUACAUUUCAUCCUGCAAGGGUAAUAAAAACAUACUUUAGCCAAUUUGGCUCAAGUAUACAAUGUGGUAAUGUUGUUAAACUAUAUAUCUAAAGGGGAGUUAUUUGUUUUGUAUAUUUUUAUAUUACUGUAAUACAUUGUUGUUCACUAUUGGCAUAGCUUCAAUGACAUGGCCAUUAUGUCUAGCAAUAUUUAUUGAAGUCUACAAUUAAACCUAGGUAAAGGUUUAUUAAAUUAAACCUAAAUAUUAUAUAUAACUAAAGGUCUCCUUUACUCUAUGAAAACAAUCACAGACUAAAGGAAAAUAUAGAUAGAGCUCCCUCAGUCCCAAUAUAAAUGUCAUUUCUGUGAGAUUGAAUAACGUUGCUAUCGGCAAAUCUAUCCAAAUGCAAGGAGGAAUAUUUUCUUUUAUAUUAUGUUUCAAAUAAUAAAAGAAACUAAUUUCUCACGUGAAAGUGUUAUACUUAGUUGCUCUUAAUAAAAUUAACUCAUCCUUAAUUUAUCAAUCAACAACUACAAAUAUUGCAAAGCGCAAGGUAAUCGACUUCCUUUGUUAUGUGGCAUAUACAGUCUAUCUUUUACCUUUAGUCUAAGACUUGACUGAUCUCGUCUGAUAGAUGUACAAAAACAAUGCAGUCUAGGUGAAAGUGCGCUAGUCUUAGGUAUUCCAUUUUUAAACACCUAAAGCAAUUCCUAGGAUGCCUAGUUAAUUAGUGGUAUCGUGCAGAAUUUAUAGUUCUUUUACUGUGUAUAAUGUGUUUUAUAAAUAAAAAUUAUGAAUCAUCAUCAUCAUCAUCAUCAUUGCACAUUAGAACAAAAAUGUUGAAAAAAAAGAAAUCACCAACUAAACAAAAAAAAUUAAAACAUAAAAAUAUUGCAUUUAGUCAUAAAAGACUGCUUCGUUCGGCGUUAGUUGAUUAACAGUUAUUAGUUUUAGUAGGUCCUUAAAUAUAUUUUACUCAAAUAUGUACAUCGGAGUAAUAUCAUCAGUACCCAAAUUAUAAAUGCGGUUUGUUUGUCCUUCAAUCAUGUAGAGGAGCAACGGAUUGACCUCAUUCUAACAUGGACAUAGUUGAAAACCUGGAGAGUGUUAUAGGCUACUUUUGUUAUAGGAAAAUCAAAGAAAUUUGAAAAUCUAAAUGUACGCGGAUGAAGUCGCGGGGACCAGCAAAUUGCUGAUAAGUGCAAUUUUCUUCUUUUCCAUACAAAAUACUAUUGCGCGUGAGUUGAAUACCAAGGAGGUAAACAAUUGAGCAAAUAGAAAACAGGACAAGUGCGAGUCGGAUUCGCACGUGAAGGGUUCCGUGCCCUCGUACAAGAUAUAACACUAUCUACAUACUUUUUAAUGACUUUUACUUAGUUUGCAUGGCGGUCAUUAUUUGCUAUAGCGGCGACUCACUAAAAAUUUUAACUCUCUACCUAUUACGGUUCAUGAGAUACAGCGCGCUUACAGACAGACAGAUGUACGGACUGACGGCGGAGGCUUAGUAGUCUGUAGCCUUCAGGUUGGUCGACGUCUCCUUGUCUCCUAGUAGAGUUGCGACUGGUCACAAUCACAUCACUAGAGCACUCCUGGGACACUCGCCUCGGCCGUUAGCCGUACAAAAAGUUCAGUUUCAUACUUAUGUAUUGUUUUAUAUUUUUAUUGACUUUUAAAGGACACAGCUAUUUAACUUUUCAGCAACAAAGAAUGAAUGACGCAAGAACCUCGGUCAAGCCUGUAUGGUACUAUUGCGUUUUACGAAGUGCCGUUAGUCCAUGUUUUCGUUACUUUGAUUGCUCAAAUAAAAUGUACAUAAUAAAGGGUGACUUACCUAAGGCCGCGAUUACACCUGUAAGUUUUACUCAAGUAAAUAUAGCUUACGUGAUUAACUUACGACACUAAUGUAUAGUACGCGACAGGUCCACGCGCUAUCCCUCACCGGGUUAGUGCGGGUGUGCGGGGCGUCCUCACCCCGAUGGCCAUGUCGAAUUGUCGCGAAAUAUAAAUAUUGUUAUCUUAUACGUACAUUUAUAUUAGCAGUUGUAAAUUAACCACGCAAGCUGCUUACGUGAGUAAAACUUACAGGUGUAAUCACGGCCUCGGUCUGACGUUUGUAUGUGGUAUGCAAAAAUGAUAUUUGAUGCGAAUGCAAUAAAGGUGACACUGCCAUGGCUAAUCUAAUCUGAUGUAAUUAUAUAGGUGUAGUAACUAUGGAUUUAAAAUUAAAUAAAUUAUUGUAAAACUAUUUGAAAAUGUAUUUGGAAACAUUUUCGUUAUUCCAGUAGUAUGAAGUGAUUAGUCAAGUUAUAAUUAUUUUGUUAUUCAAGAGGGGUCUGUUCGUAGUGCGCUCCAAGCUACCGUAGUCUGGAUCUCAUUUGAAUACUAACCGAUCAGACUUUAUGAAAAGUAGACACGUUUUAGGAACUUAUUAUAUGUGUCCGUGGUUUUCCAGAUUUCCGUUAAAAUAUUUAGUGUCAAAGUUACACAAUGUCAAGAAUUUACUUACAAAUCUUUGAACCCGUGUAAUUUUAAAACUAGUUACUUUUACGAAAAUCUGGCGAACCACUGAUUUAGUUAUUAUUUUCUACAAAAUUACAUACGAGUUAGAUUGGUUAAUAUUCAAAUGACAACCAAAUUACGUUUAUAUAGAGACGAUGACGGAGAGUCCCCUUUUAAAAUAUAAAGAAAAGGCGAGUAGUCAUUGACGUCAUGACGCCAACAUGUUACGAUAUAAGAAGUUAGUGCCUGUGUUCAGUGUUGUAAAUAUUUCGUGUUACGGCUACGGUGAAGUACAAUAGGCCGCAGAUACAUCUGUAAGUUUUACUGGCGUAAGUAGUUUACAUGAUUAACUUACGACAAAACUAAUGUAAACACUCUUAUAGGUACUUUAUAUUAGUUUUGUCGUCAAUCAAUCACGCAAGCUACUUACGUAAGUAAAAGUUACAGAUGUAAUUGCGGCCAUAGAUGUAAUUCGUAACUUAAUUAUAGUAGCACUCUUGUAUUCGACUAUAAAUUAUAAUAUUCCAACUAACUUUAAAGCCGUAACAAAAGUUACAUAAUAUGCCUUUUAUCUAGUCUUAUAUUAAAAAUAUUGCUCUUUAUUAAUAGGACAACAAAUACUGUGACUAAUGUGUAUACUCGCCUUUAUUUUUGAUUAUAAUUAAUAUUGUAAUGCUAAAGAAAAAAAAGAAAAACAUUAAAAAAGAACCUAACGAGUGCAACUUAAGUUAUUGUACGAAGUUAUGCGAUAAGUAUUUUGCACUGAGUGGCAAAAAAAAUGAUGCACCAGUAGGCUUAGUAUGAGAUUUUACAUUUCACCAAUGAAACCCUAAUUACAGAAGACACGUUCUACAAAAACAGACAGAUUUGACAGGUUUGACAGAUUUCUGUAAAAGUGUGUAGUGUCAAAGUUACAGUACAAAUCUUUGGACCUGUGUAACUUUGAAACUACACGUUUUUGUAAAUAAAUGGCAAAUAACAGACACAGAUAUCUGUUUAUAGAAGUUUGUUUGGUUAGUUUUAAAUGAUGAGUAAUCUCAUAAAGUCCAUUAUACUUGAACGUUAAAAUCUUUAAGAUAUAAUUAACGACGGUUGGUGAGAUGUAUUCUUAUACUAGUCCGUACAGGCUGACAUACUGUAUUUAGAUAUAUGGAAUGAUGAAAAAGCUAUAGCAGUCUUCGUCUUUGGGAAGUACUCGUACGUAAAACAAUAUUAUUGUGAAUAAAAUAUGAACAUUUGUCUGCUGAUUGUCGCCAUGCAAUGUCUACAAUUAUUUAUUACAUAUCACUUUCUAGUAUUUUUCAUAAAUAUAUGAAGAUUGCUGAGGCAUAUUUCUUAUUGAUCGAGGUAGGUUUUUAUAAUUAAACAAAAAAUCUUUUUCCUAGCAACAUCACCGGGGUUGCUUUCUCACUUUGAAAUUUUAUGUAACGAAUUUGUGAAAUACGAAAAAUAUUAUGUUUGAAUUUUGGAGGGUUGGUCAUUUUUUUGCCACCAGUGUACACUGUGUUUUGUAUAUGUAUGUACUGAUUGUUUUGGCUAGUUUAGCGUAUUGCGAGCUGUCGCAUAGCGUCGAUGUACAUACAUACGUAACCGAUUGUACAUACGUCUGUACAUAGUAUGUAAAUACACGUGAGAUAUAUUAUAUUUAAUAUUAAUAUAAAGUUUGAUUUAAAGAGAAGUUUAAAUAAAAAAAAUUGAAAAAUACAAAAAAAUAUGAAUAAAUAAAGACAUACAAGAGUAUGAAGUGGAAAAGCUA